CGCCCGCGUAGCCAUGGCCGCCGCCGCCCGCUCUCGAGUCGCGCACUUGCUGAGCCAACUGCAGCGCGCAACAUGCCAGUGCCCAACUCAUUCGCAUACUUACUCCCAAGCUCCUGGAUUUUCACCUUAUGGGAAAACAACAGAUUAUGCCUUCGAGAUGGCUGUUUCAAAUAUUAGAUAUGGAGCAGGAGUUACAAAGGAAGUCGGAAUGGACCUACAAAACAUGGGUGCUAAGAAUGUUUGUUUGAUGACAGACAAAAACCUUUCCCAGCUUCCUCCUGUACAAAUAGUUAUGGAUUCUCUAAUGAAGAAUGGCAUAAACUUUAAGGUUUAUGAUAAUGUGAGGGUGGAACCAACCGAUAAAAGCUUCAUGGAAGCUAUUGAGUUUGCCAGAAAGGGAGCUUUUGAUGCCUACGUUGCUGUGGGUGGUGGCUCCACCAUGGACACCUGUAAAGCCGCUAACCUGUUUGCGUCCAGCCCUCACUCUGAUAUCCUAGAUUAUGUCAGUGCCCCCAUUGGGAAGGGACAGCCCGUGUCUGUGCCUCUUAAGCCUCUGAUUGCAGUCCCAACUACUUCAGGAACUGGGAGUGAAACUACCGGAGUUGCCAUUUUUGACUAUGAACACUUGAAAGUAAAAAUUGGCAUUGCUUCCCGAGCCAUCAAACCCACGCUGGGACUGAUCGACCCUCUGCACACGCUGCACAUGCCUGAACGGGUGGUCGCCAACAGUGGCUUCGAUGUGCUUUGCCAUGCUCUGGAGUCCUACACAGCCCUUCCCUACCACAUGCGGAGCCCCUGCCCUUCAAACCCGAUCUCCCGGCCAGCCUACCAGGGCAGCAACCCGAUCAGCGACAUCUGGGCAGUCCACGCCCUGCGGAUCGUCGCUAAGUAUCUGAAAAGGGCUGUCAGAAAUCCUGACGAUAUUGAAGCAAGAUCCUAUAUGCACUUGGCAAGUGCUUUUGCUGGCAUUGGCUUUGGAAAUGCUGGUGUUCAUCUGUGCCAUGGAAUGUCUUACCCAAUUUCAGGCUUAGUGAAGACAUAUAAAGCAAAGGAUUAUAAUGUGGAUCACCCGCUGGUGCCUCAUGGCCUUUCUGUGGUGCUCACCUCCCCAGCCGUGUUCACUUUCACCGCGCAGAUGUUUCCCGAGCGGCAUCUGGAGACGGCAGAAAUUUUGGGGGCCGACACCCGCACUGCCAGGACCGCAGAUGCUGGGCUUGUUUUGGCAGAUGCGCUCCGGAAAUUCUUAUUCAAUCUGGAUGUUGAUGAUGGCCUGGCUGCCAUUGGUUACUCUAAGGCUGAUAUCCCCGCAUUAGUGAAAGGAACGCUGCCCCAGGAAAGGGUCACCAAGCUUGCACCACGCCCUCAGUCGGAGGAGGAUCUGUCUGCCCUGUUUGAAGCUUCAAUGAAACUGUAUUAAUUUUCGCAUUCAUGGAAAGAAUAACCAUUGGCUAUCAUAGUUUAAAAUCAGAAGUUGAUCUAGGCAGAGCUUUAUCUUUUCAUCUCCAUACAGAACUUAUCUGUUACAUUUGAAUGGGAUAUAAAUUUACCCUGCAGAAGAUUCCGUGAUGCUCAAAGUCAAGCUCCUUCCAUAAUACAGGUUAGACAAAUGCCCACAAUGUUGGACCCUCGUUUGCAGUCCCAUCCCAAACCCCACAGACUGCCUCUGCUUCAUGUAUCAAAUGGGUAAAAACUCAGUAUCUAUCAAAACUUUUAAUGCACAUAUCCUGUGCCCAGCAAGCCACCUCUAGAAAUCUAUAGAAGUACUAGCAUGAGUGUGUUAAGAAAUAUGCCAAGGAUAUUUCAGGCAGCACUUUUUCUAAUAAAAAAUUUGAAAGAACCUAAA